CUGUUGAAAGAUUUCCUUAAACGAAUGCGUUUCAUUUAGCCGCAGUUUACUGUGUUUCGAAGAACAGCUGUUUCUUUUCCUGGCGACAGUGUGGCGUGCGUCUUCAUUGCAGUGUUGCAUAUGAAAGUAAUUGCAUAGUGCGUCUCGCUCUUGGAUUUAAAAUGCCGUACAAACGUCAAACUCGUCCUAUUCUGAAGCCCAAUAAUUCCACGGUACGCCGCCUGCAUUGCCCACCGUCAGCACCGCCUAAUGUCGUCAUUGAGUCCUCCAGCGGUCCGGAUGUCGAGCUACCACCGCCACCGGUCAGCGCCCGGGCUUUUGGAGGCUCCACGACGCCAAGACCCGUGCUGCAGCCGUUGGCCGCGCCCGAGUACAACACCUGCGUUCGCCAGAAGAGCGAGAUUGACAUCAUGAAAAAGGUGCAGCCCCCUGUGACCUUAUCGCCGAAAUCAAUGGCCGCCAUUGCUCCAAAGAUCACUCAGAAGCUGAACUUCCAACCGUCCGAUACUGUUUUCAAAAAUCUGGAGUCCCUGAACGUCAACGACUCGGUGAUGAUACCGCAGAAGACGAGCUCGCGCCCAGUCAACAGGAAGGCCAAGCAGCCCGAGCUUCAACUGGCAGACUAUUUGGAAAAUAUACAGCUCAUUGACUUGUACGUUCCGGAACCCGACCUGGGAUUGGAAUUCAAACGGAAACCGUUCGAUUGCUACGGCGCCUACAGGCGGAUAUACUACAAUUAG